CCUGUAAUAAGGCGCACGCUCACGUCAGUGGAGGUGUUUACGCAGAUUUACGGCUCACUGUAACAUGAACAUGAUGUAUGUGUCAUAGAGAUCAGCACACACAGGCUGGUGAAGGUGUCGAUCGUCACAGGAAGCUGCAUCACAGUGACAUACAGACCAUAAAGAAAACACACACACACACACACACACACACAAGGAAGAGCCUUCUCAAAGACGCCUCGUCUGUGCAGGAAUCACGAGCUGCUGUGAGAAGACUGAGUGAAGUUUUCAUUCAGAGAGUGAAGGAGCCAGAGGAGCCAUUUCAAAUCUAGACGCCACAGAACAUGGGCACCUGCCCCAUCAAGUGUUACACCAACCUGUCGAGCCUUGACAAUCCACCUGAACCUGCACCAGAGCUCCAGGAAACUGCUGUUGUGUCCCUCUGUGACUACCCUUCCUUUGGUCACACAGAAGUGACCAUGUGCAUGGGGGAACGUCUCACCGUCUUGUCAGACGACGGUGAUUUUGUGAUGGUGAGGUCGACGACUACAGGCCGCGACAGUUACAUUCCCACCAACUACACUGCCAUGGUGACACACAGGUGGAAGUUCACAGGCAUCAGCAGGUACAAAGCAGUGGAGCUGCUCCUGCAGCCCAACAACCAGAGCGGAGCCUUCAUGAUCCGAGAGUCAGAGACAAACCGAGAUUGUUACACACUGUCCAUCUUGAGGAGGACCAACGUCUCAUAUUUAGAUAACGUGAAGCACUUCCGCAUCUCUCAGCUCCAAAAUGGCUGGUUCUACAUCUCUCCAGGUCUCACCUUCCCCUCCCUGCAUCACCUGGUGGAACACUAUACAGAGUCUGCAGAUGGGUUACCCUGUCGACUGAGAGAGCCUUGUUUCAUCCAGGGUUUGAGUAACAGAGAGGCCAGACCUGUACCUGUGGCUAUCAGGAGGCCGACCAUCAACUGGAAGGACAUCAGCAGGUCAAUGAUCUUCAGGAGGAAUAGGACAGAGUCAGACAACUCCCUGGUGAGCGAGGGGCUGAGGGAGGCCAUCAGCUCUUACCUGCAGAUGACUGAGAGCAGCGGUCACAGCUGGGACACGUGAGGAAAAAACAUGGAUCAGGCUGAAAAAGUCAAGUGUCACACACACACACACACAGACUGAGCAGUCUCAUCUGCAGUUUGGGGACGUCGGUCCCGGAGGUCACAUGUACUCGUCAUCACACACCAUACUGUGGUGGGAGGACGAUUGAGACACUACAACACAAGCCUGCAGCUGUGGGUGUUUUCAGCGUGAGCUGAAACUGUGGUCACAUGUGAUUAUGAACUGUUGAAUGUAUCUUAUUUAUAAUUGAAUAAGUGCCGCUCGAAUGUGCACGGUGACAUCUUUGUUCUAUUGGGUGUGUCAUUGGGAUCCAAUAGUUCUGAUAAAAUGUAAACACUUCAAUUACUCAAUUUAAACUUUCACUGACCAACAGUUGUGGUUUGUCUUUGUGGCUGCAUUACAGAGCACUUCCCAAAGAAAAUCUCAGCAUCUCCAGCUCUGCUUCCUUUAUAUUUUAAUUAGAAAAAAUAAACAAAUAAAUUAAACUAAAAGUUAUCUUAACUGCUGCAUCUAUCAAGUUUCUGAGAAUAAAAUGCAUGCAAGUAAUAAUCAGCUGAUGAAUCAGUUUCCCUCUAGUGUAAUAUUAAUGAUAAUGACAAAGAUGUGACAUGAAAAUGUAGAUGUAGUAACAUCUAACUGUGAGACUGCAGGCAGUAACUCACAGUGGCCUUCACAGACCAGGGAGGAUGUCAUUCUUUAUUUGUGAAAAGCAGCUGUAGAAACAUUGCUACUCAAGAUGGCAGCCUCUGGAAAACCUUGAGCUCCAUCCUCCGAAGUUUCUCACUUGUUGUUCCUCUGUUACAUGUUAGGUGAGAUGUUGUUUUUUUUUAAAGCAUUUGUGUGCAGUGUUUUUUAACUGCUUGCUAUUCCUGUGCAUGUCUGUAUUACUCAUUGUGAAGCAUACUGUUACUAAAAUGUUUUCUUUUUUUCUCUUUUAUUAUAAUACAAGCAUUCUUUUGUACAGGAUAUUGCAAAACAAAUUGCACUGUAUUUGUAUAAUUUAUUUUCUUAAACUUUAUUUCUUUGCCAC